CAAGCUUAGUAAGGCAAAAAGGAAAAAAAAUUUUAGGGCAAUUUAAAAUACUUAAAACCAAAUAUUUACUUAAUGGAAAGGGUAACAAAAGGUGUUGAUUUUGGUACUUCGGCUUGAUCUCCGAUAGGAAAUGAUUCCAGUCCAAGUUUUCAGGUGUUUGAGCGGUUGAUAAUGAAAGAGAAGACUGGUGGUAACAGUACUACGACGUUACUCCGGCGAAUUUUGGUGAAUUGUGGAGCUCAGGCCAAAGCAUACGGUAGUUGUGUUGCAGCAAAGAUUCCUGUAGUAGAACGUGACAUGUGUUUAAAAGAAUUCCUUUUAUUAAGGAAUUGCAUGCAGAAUGUGGUCAGAGGAAAAGCCUGAAGCAUAUCAGAAAUCCACUGGAAGCCUCAUUUUAGUAUAGCUUCAAUUCUACUGUGCUGGAGCUUGUAUAUAAUUUAGCAGGAGGAAUUUGAUUGUUUUCCGGAUUGCAAAGGUUGAAAUACUCAAAAAAUGUUUGGGAAACCAUCUUCGUCUCAGUCUUCUGGUUUCUCUGGAUCUGGUGCUGUAUCACAUGUUUAUGUCCGGUAUCCACCACUGAGGUGCAAAGUUUCGGGAUCUAGAAAUCUAUUUUAUGAUGAUGGAAGUAAGCUGCUACUUGCAUCUACGUCUGAUCAGGUCUUCUCAUGGAAAACUGCUCCAUUUGAUCCAAAUGUCGCUCCAUCCUGUGAUUCAAUAAGUGAAGGUCCAGUGCUCUCAGUUCGAUACUCUUUAGAUUGUCAGCUUCUGGCAGUCCAAAGAUCUAAUCAUGAAGUUCAGAUCUGGAAUAGAGAGGGGGAAAAAACUUUUAUCUAUAAGUGCAGGUCCGAAUCAGAACAUAUUCUGGGAUUCUUUUGGACAGAUUGUCCAACUUGUGAUAUUGUCUUUGUGAAGACCAGUGGGCUGGAGUUGUUCUCUUACAGUUCUGACUCAAAAUCACUUACUUUAGUUGAGACCAAGAAGACAAAUGUCAGUUGGUAUAUCUACACACAUGAAAGCAGGUUGGUGCUUCUUGCCCAAGGCAUGCAAAACAAGAGUUUCACAGGAUAUCAGAUUUCCUCAGCUGGGAUUAUCCGCUUGCCGAGAUUUGAAAUGGUAAUGGCAAAACAUGGGGCUAACAGUAGGCCUGUCCUUUCUGCUGAAGAUGUUCACAUUGUCACUGUUUAUGGUAGGAUUUACUGCUUGCAAUUUGAUACAGUUGCGAUGCUACUGCACUCAUAUAGGUUUUAUCGAGAUGCUGUUAUACAGCAGGGCUCUUUGCCAAUUUAUUCUAAUAGGAUUGCUGUCAGUGCAAUUGAUAAUGUUUUGCUUGUUCAUCAAGUGGAUGCGAAAGUUGUUAUUAUGUAUGACCUAUUUGCAGACUCUAGAGCACCCAUAUCUGCUCCACUUCCUCUUUUGUUGAGGCUUUACCCUAGAGCUGCUUCCUUGUGUUCCUCAUCAACUAGCAGGAAUUCUGAUGCUUUAGAGACUCAAAUUUUAACUGAUACUGAAUCAAUUACUUAUGGAGAUGGCUGGUCAUUUCUUGUUCCUGAUCUCAUAUGUGACGUUACUAAUGGGCUUUUGUGGAAGAUAAAUAUAGAUUUGGAGGCCAUUGCUGCCAGUAGCUCAGAAGUACCAUUUAUUUUAGACUUCUUACAGAGGAGGAAGUUAGAAGCAAAUAAGGCAAAACAGUUGUGCUUGGCAAUAGCUCGAGCUAUGAUUCUUGAACGCAGACCAGUAUCUGUUGUUGCUAGGGCAUUGGAUGUUUUAGUCACUUCUUAUUCACAGUCAAUUAAAACAAGGAGUAAUGAUAAGAGAACAAAAGCUGAAAAUACUUCAAAUUCUGGUGUUUCUAGUGCAAAUAUCGUUGAUGAUGCUAACAAUCGUAUUGAUGCAUCUGGAAAAUCUGUAAUAGAUGAAACAGUGAGUAGUGGUCUCGAGAAUGAAUCCAUUGAAAGAUCUUUUGUUUUAACUUCGGACUCAGACGACAAUCUUAGUGCUGAAACACAAAAGAUCAAUUCUCUUAAACUUGAUUCUUCGAGUGGUAAAAUAGAUGGAGGGCACUCUUUGAGGGCUGAAUCAUCUAGUGCUGCAGUUCAUCAACCUUUGUCACAAUCACAAGUUCUCAGACCUGGUGACACACCAUUAAAUGCUGGUGCUUUCGAUAAUCUAGACUCCCAAGUGACUUCAGCAGUGAUUUCACCAGAUGAUUUGUACAGUUCUGUGUUUGCUCUGGUUGAGGAAGAGAUGAUAGGGGAUGCUUCCUACUUGGUUGCUAUCAUCAUUGAGUUCCUACGCAGGGCUAACCUGGAAAAGUUAAAAUUACAUCCAAAUAUAUAUGUCUUGACAGUGCAGCUGCUUGCAAGAAGUGAGCGUCAUGCUGAACUAGGAUUAUUUGUCAUCAAUAAGAUCCUUGAGCCCUCUCUGGAAGUUGCCUUGCAACUACUUGAGUCAGGUCGUCAGAAUUUUCAGACAAGAAAAUUGGGCCUUGACAUGCUUAGACAGCUAUCUUUGCACCAUGAGUAUGUGUUGCUACUUGUGCAAGACGGAUAUUAUCUUGAAGCGUUACGUUACGCUCGGAAACACAAAGUGACUACCGUUCGGCCUUCCUUGUUUCUGGAAGCAGCUUAUUCAUCUAAUGACCCACGGCAACUUGCUGCAGUACUCAGAUUCUUUUGUGAUUUUAUUCCUGGGUUUAAGAACACUUCAGAUCACCACACAUUUAACCGUGUUCUUGCUGAAAUGAGUACAUCAAUAGUUGUUUGAGAUGUCCGUAUGGAGAUGCCUGCAAGGUAGCUCAAUGUAAAUUAUGGAGAGAUUGAUGCCUCAGUUCUUGAGGUUUGCUUUGGUUGCCGAGGUUUUCUUCCGUGUUGUAUCAAUUUCUGUCUCAAAAGAAUGCCUACAUAAACAAGUGUCUGAGCAGUGAAGGCAAGUUAAAAUUUUGCUUCUGAAGGCAGUGUAUUCGUGUUGGAGGGUCAAUUUAUACGUUGUUAUACUGUAAUAUUUCUCUCUCAGGAGUUUCUAUUAUAUACUAACAUUUCUUUUUCA